UCCUGUCAGACUUAUGCAUUUGGGCUUAUAAUUUGAAACAAACACGGAGCUUCACGAACCCGGCCCGAAACGCUUGCGACUCGCUUUCUCUCUUCCUUCUCUCAGAAACUGUUCUUCGUUCUUUUCGCACUCUUUGCUCUGCAAUCAGGCCCUAUAUCUACCGAGUUCACCCGUAAACGACAUCUGAGCCGUAACUCGGUCCCUUUCACAUUUAGACAUGCAAGUGGUGUCAAAUGCUCGCCGAGUCUCUCGGCUCUUGCAAUCUCCGAUUUUCCUUUCAUCUCAUCUUCGAAGCACCGAAGAACCGAUUCUCUCUGGGCUCGCACAAUAUUAUUACCGGCAAGUGAAAUCUGAACCUUCAAUUUUCUUCGCGUCGAAGGCUUUUUACAGUUCUGGAGUUGAUAAUGUUGAAGGGACUCCAUCAGAUGCUGUGAAGAAUCUUUAUGAUAAGAUGCUUGAGUCUGUAAAUGUAAAACGAUCCAUGCCUCCAAAUGCUUGGUUGUGGUCAAUGAUCGCUAGUUGUAAACACCAUCACGAUAUUAGUCUUCUCUUUGACAUUUUGCGAAACCUUCGCAGAUUUAGGUUGUCAAAUCUUCGCAUACAUGACAAUUUUAACUGCCACCUCUGUCGUGAAGUUACUAAGGCAUGUGUUCAUGCCGGAGCCCUUGAUUUUGGAAAGAAGGCUUUGUGGAAGCAUAAUGUCUAUGGAUUGGCACCGAGUGUUGCAUCUGCACACCAUUUACUGCUUUUUGCUAAGAACAACAAUGAUACUAAACUAUUGGUGGAGGUAAUGAAACUUUUGAAGAAGAAUGAUUUACCAUUGCAACCAGGCACGGCAGAUAUAGUUUUCAGCAUUUGUUACAAUACAGAUGAAUGGGAGUUGAUUAAUAAGUAUGCAAUAAGGUUUGUCAAGGCUGGUGUAAAACUACGUGAAACCUCAUUUGACACAUGGAUGAAAUUUGCUGCUAAAAGAGGAGACACCGAGUCAUUAUGGAAAAUAGAAAAGUUGCGAUCUGAUUCAAUGAAAAAGCACACUCUGGCAACUGGGUUUUCUUGUGCCAAGGGUCUUCUGUUGGAAGGUAAGCCUAGUGACGCUGUUGCCAUCAUUCAAGUUCUAAAUCAGACUUUGUCUGAUACCAAAAAAUCAGGCAUGAAAGAUGAACUUCAGAAACUUGUAUCUGAGUGGCCCUUUGAAGUUCUUAAGCACAAAAAUGAAGAGGAAAGAAAAGCAUUCGCAGCCUCUUUGAAAUCUGACAUUCUUGCAAUGGUUAAUGAUUUACUGGACAUGGGACUUGAGGCAAAUGUAAGUUUGGAAGACCUAAGCAGAAGAGGUGUUCCACAAUAGCAUUUGUUAGAGGAGUAUCUAUUUAUCAAGUUGCUUCAUAGCACUAAUUAGAUACCAAGUCUGUUAUUAUAUCAAAUGUUGUUUUACCAAAUAGAAAUUAACUAUUAUUUUGCUCCUAGUCUAAACCCAUAUGUUCAAGGUUUUGGUAGCAUAUUGGUGGCAUUUAGCAUGUUUUUCAAAAACUGAAAUCUAGAUUUCAAUAUGUGAGAACAAAAAUAAUCUGGCAUGUCGUUCUACUCUAAUGUGCAAGUAAUUCCUUACUAUGAGUACAAGUGAGGAUACUUUAUUGGUUUUUUAA